GAUAGCAAAGAAUUACAGGAUAUAUCCUAUGACCCCAGUUAUGCUCUUUCCGUGUCUGAAUUUACUGACCUCCCCAACGUCCAACAGCAGCUUCUUUCUGCUAUGAGCACUGUUAUUGUACAGGACACGGCCAUGACACCAACAGUAAUACCAACAAUACUAGUUGAGAGUCAGGCUCCCAGGAGGGAUGUCGUGUUCUUGCUGGAUGGAUCUGAUGGCACUAGGAGUGGAUUCCCAGCAAUGCGGGACUUUGUUCAAAGAGUAGUGGAGACACUCGGUGUGGAUGAGAACAAAGAUCGCGUGGCUGUGGUCCAGUACAGUAGAGAUCCAGCCGCCCAAUUCUAUCUGAACACAUACACAACAAAAGGAGAGAUUCUCGACACUGUAAGAGGUCUGAGACACAAAGGUGGGAGACCUCUCAACACUGGAGCAGCUCUCCAGUACGUGAGAGACAAUGUCUUUACUGCCUCCUCCGGAAGUCGACGCACUGAAGGUGUUCCACAGUUACUGAUUCUGCUGAGUGGUGGAAGGUCCURUGACAAUGUUGACACUCCAGCUUCUGCUCUGAAGGAGCUUGGGGUCUUGAUCUUUGGAAUUGGAACAAGGAGCUCUGAUAGCAGAGAAUUGCAGAGGAUAUCACAUGAUCCCAGUUACGCUCUGUCUGUCUCUGACUUCACUGACCUUCCAAACAUCCAGCAGCAACUUCUAUCCUCGGUGGAGGCAGUUGUUAUUGACGUUACGCCAGAAUCGACAACAGAUUUAGUUGAUCAUGACACCGCCAGAAAGGAUGUGGUAUUCCUUCUGGAUGGUUCUGAUGGCACAAGGAAUGGAUUCCCAGCAAUGCGUGAUUUUGUUCAGARAGUAGUAGAGAAACUCAAUGUGGGAGGAGACAAAGACCGCGUUUCUGUGGUCCAGUACGGUAGAGAUCAAGAAGUUCAUUUCWAUCUGAACACAUACACCACGAAGGGCGACAUUCUUGACAUCGUCAGAGGUCUGAGGCACAGAGGAGGUAGACCCCUCAACACUGGGGCAGCCUUCCAGUACAUAAAGGACAACGUCCUUACCGCUUCUUCUGGAAGCAGGCGGCAUGAGGGUGUCCCUCAGUUGUUGAUACUGUUGAGUGGUGGGAAAUCCAAUGAUAAUGUUGAUACACCGGCCUCUGCUCUGAAAAAAAUAGGAGUUGUGAUAUUCAGUGUUGGAUCUCGAGCCUCAGACAUUAAUGAGUUACAACGCAUUUCCUUUGAUCMAAGUUAUGCUCUUUCAGUGUCUGAGUUCAGUGAUCUUCCAAACAUCCAAGAGCAGCUACUCACAAGGGUUGAAACUUUCAAUAUUAGCCUUAUGGGAGAAACUAUGAUGGGACAUAGAGAUAUUGUAUUUCUUCUGGAUGGUUCUGAUGGCACAAGGAAUGGAUUCUCAGCAAUGCGUGUUUUUGUACUGAAAGUAGUGGAGAAUCUCAAUGUGGGAGGAAACAAAGACCGCAUUUCCGUGGUUCAGUAUAGUAGAAAUCAAGAGGUACAUUUCUAUCUGAACACAUACACCAAAAAGGAGGACAUUCUUGACAGCAUAAGACGUCUGARGCACAAAGGUGGUAGACCCCUCAACACAGGGGCAGCACUCCAGUUCGUUAAAGACAACAUCUUUAGAGACACCUCUGGAAGCAGACGUUAUGAAGGUGUCCCUCAGAUAUUGAUUUUGCUGAGUGGUGGACAGUCAAAUGACGCUGUUAGCCAAGCUGCCUUUGAUAUGAAAGGUCAAGGAAUUCAGAGUGUUGGCAUUGCCAUCAGACAGGCCGACACUAGAGAAAUGCAGUCAAUUACGUCCGAUUCACAGCUCAUCCUUAUGGCACGAGACUUUUCAGACCUGUCAGCACUGCAUCUGGAGCUUUUAUCAUCAAUUGCUCAAGUUUCCAGUCCUGGUUUGAUAGCUGAGUCUCGGGGUCCCAAGAAGGAUAUCGUCUUCCUUGUUGAUGGCUCAGAUGGCGUCGGGAGGGAGUUCCCCAUCAUCCAGGAGUUCAUCCGCUCAAUCGUGAAGAACCUCAACGUGGGCGAGAACAAGAUCAGGAUUGGUGUGGUGCAGUAUGGCGACUCCCCCAAUGCAGAUAUCUACCUGAACUCCCACACAACCAAGGAGGGGGUUAUGAACGCUGUCAAUGGACUGAGGCAGCGAGGCGGCCGGGAACGUAACCUGGGUCAGGCAGUGGAGUUUGUCAGUAGUGAAGUGCUGAAUGUUCGACGUGGCGGCAGGAAGGGGGAGGGUGUCCCACAGUUCCUGAUUGUCGUCUCCGGCGGUAGGUCCACAGAUGAUAUUAGUCGACCUGCGACAUCACUGAAGAAGUCAGGCGUUUUGCCCUUCAGCAUCGGGACCAGAGAUGUAAACGCUCAGGAGCUUCAGGUUGUUUCCUAUGUUCCCAACUUUGCGUACACUGUGGAUGACCUCCCUGGCCUGUACACAGUCCAGGACACGCUGAUCUCCACGCUCACAGAGUUGUCCGAUGACGACAUUGCCAGGCUACGCCCUGUUUUCCCAACUGUGGAUGUCACCACAACCAUAGUAUCCACUGGCGGAGAAAAGAGGGAUGUGGUUUUCCUCAUUGACGGCACAACAGCUGUGCGCAGCGAGUUCCCCGCCAUCCGUGACAUGAUUGGGAGGGUCGUGGAAAAGCUAGACGUGGGUCUGGAUCGGGUGAGGGUGUCAGUGGUGCAGUACAGCGACGGUGCCAAGGUGGAGUUCCACCUGAACAAGCACUCCACCAAAGACGAGGUCCGCCAGGCCACGAGGAAGCUUCAGAGCAGCGGUGGGAACCGUCGGAACACUGGCCGUGCCCUUGAAUGGAUCUCCAAGAACAUCUACCAGAGAUCAGCAGGUAGCCGCAUUGAGGAGGGAGUUCCUCAGUUCCUCAUUCUAGUCACAGGGGGAAAGUCCAACGAUGACGUCUCUGGACCGGUUAAUCAGCUGAAGACCAACCUGGUUGCCCCUUUAGCCAUCGGCACAAAGAAUGCCGACCCCAAGGAACUGAGGCAGAUCGCCCUAAAGCCAGAACUUGCCUACUCCAUUAACAACUUCGGGCAGCUUCCAACAGUGGAGCAGCAGCUUAUUGCUUCAGUCAACACCAUGACCACCACUGACAUCUCCGGCAGUUUUGUUCCCCCAGUUUUGGAUAUUGCUAACCUCAACAUGGGGAGGAAAGAUAUCAUCUUUCUCAUCGAUGGCUCGGACACCACAGGCUCCAAUGGCAUCGCCCACAUCCGUGACUUCAUCCUCAACAUCGUUCAGCAACUAGAUGUGCAACUUGACCAGGUCCGGGUCGCUGUCGUCCAAUAUUCCGACAAGGUCAAGACCGAGUUCUCUCUCAACUCCCACAACAAAAAACCAGCUGUGCUCUCAGCCAUUAAAAGACUACGCCAGCAGGGUGGAAGAUCAUCCGAUCUGGCCAACGCCAUCGAGUAUGUGAUCAGGAAUGAGCUGAAAGCCUCGGCGGGUGUCCGGCUUGCGGAGGCCUCCCAGCAUCUAGUGGUCCUUACCGGCGGAAGGUCCCCAACUGACGUGUCCGUGUACGGCCCUCUGCUUAAAGGCUCCCGAGUUAACUGCAUCGGCAUCGGGGCUGGUGGAGCAGACUCAAGGCAGCUCAACCAGAUUGCCACCAGCUCUGCCGAUGUUCUCCAGGUACCCGCUUUCCCCGGCUUGCCAGUCAUUAAGGAGAGGUUUAUUACCAGGCUGAACGGAACAAUCCCUGAAGAGGCACCUACAGAUUUUGUCGACCCAAGCCUCCCUAAAGCCAAGGUUGCUGAUAUUGUAUUCUUGGUGGACGGCUCCAUCAACCUGGGCAAGGACAACUUCAAGGAGGUGAUGGGGUUCAUCCAGAACCUCAUCGACCUCUUCUUCACUGAGCGUGACAACCUGCAGAUUGGCCUGGCGAGCUACACCACCGACGUCACCGACGUGUUCUACCUCAAUACCUACAAGAACAAGGACGACAUAAUCGACGCCAUCAGCCGCACCGAGUACAAGGGCGGCCGCAGGAUCAACACGGGCACCGCCAUCCACCACGUGCAGGAGAACCACUUCAUCAAAGGUAAAGGCAGCAGGAAGGAUGAGGGCAUCCCCCAGAUCCUGAUGAUCAUCACCGGCGGAAGGUCGGCCGACGACAGCAAGACCGCAGCUCUGGCGUUGAAGGCCACCGGCGUGCGCAUCUACGCUGUCGGCGUGGGUGACAUUGAGGACGAGUUGAACAACCUGGCGAGUGAGGCCUCCACAGUGGCCAGGGCAAGCACGUUUGUGGAGCUCUCUGAGCUCAACGAGCAAAUCCUUGAGACAUUGGACGACGAGUUGAAGGGAGUCAAGCUAUGCACUGGCGUGAGCCAGGAGCCCUCAAAGACCUGCAGUCUGGAGGUGUUGGUAGGCUUUGAUGUGUCCUCACCAAACAUCUUCCAGGCCCAGAGGAUCCUGGAGUCCAAGAUGGGUGCCAUCCUCCAAAGGAUCACCAAGAUGGCGGGCAUCAGUUGCUCGUCGGGCCAGAUCCCAUCGAUCCAGGUGGGCAUCCUGGCCAUGGAUGCCGCCUCAGAACCCGUCCACCUGGAGUUCACGAACAACGCCGACAUGCUGUUCGAGGCCUUCCGAGCACUGCGCGCCCGCGGACCCUACUUCCUCAACGCCAAGACCAUUGCCGCAUAUGGUUCCAGGUUCAAAAGCCGAGCAGCAGAUGCGGUCAAGGUUGUGAUCCAUCUGACUGAUGGUCUGGAUGGCCAGUAUAAUGAAAUGAAGAGACAGGUUGAAGAACUUAAGAUUUCAGGUGUGAACAGCUUUAUCCUGGUGGGUCUGGAGCGGGUACCCAGGUUUGAGGAGGCCGUGCUUCUGGAGUUUGGCCGUGGCUUCAGGUACACCAGACCCCUCAGAGUUAAUGUCAUGGACUUGGACUACGAGCUUCUGGAGGAACUGGACAACAUUGCUGAGAGGGAGUGUUGCGCGGUGCCAUGCAAAUGCACCGGCACAAGGGGAGACAGAGGAGCAGUCGGACUUGGAGGACUGAAGGGUGGUCCAGGCGGAGCAGGUGGAGCAGGACAUCCCGGAGAUGAGGGUGGAUCCGGAGACAGAGGUCCUCUUGGUGUCAACGGAACUCAAGGUUUCCAGGGAUGUCCUGGACAGAGGGGCAUCAAGGGUGGUCGUGGGUACUCUGGAGAAAAGGGUGAAUUUGGAGAGAUUGGCCUGGAUGGCAUCAAUGGAGAAGAGGGCAAGAGUGGAGUCGCUGGACCCCCAGGAGACAGAGGAAACCCUGGGAGAAGGGGAACCAAAGGAACUAAAGGACAUGCAGGAGACAUCGGGGAUACCGGAAUCCGAGGAGAUCCUGGAACCACAGGGCAAGAUAACAACGUGGCUGGACCUAAAGGAGACCCAGGCGACGUCGGCCCAGUGGGAGAGCCAGGGGACGAUGGUAAGAUGGGAGGCCCCGGUGAACCAGGCAGGACGGGUUCUGAUGGUAGAAGAGGCCCAGCCGGACAAGCUGGAAACCCUGGCAGUUCCGGAGGUAACGGUGUGCAGGGAGAGCCUGGUAUCGGAGGAUCCAGGGGCCAAGCUGGACCAAUUGGUGCACCUGGAACCAGAGGUGAGGACGGGAACCCUGGACCAAGGGGCCCAGGAGGAGCCCAGGGACCCCCCGGAAACAAUGGCAGGAGAGGACCUCUCGGUCGCAAGGGUGAGCCAGGAGAGCCCGGACCCAAUGGCAUCGUGGGACCUCUGGGACCUCGUGGUGAGCCUGGCGAAGAUGGUCGAGAUGGAUUUGGAAUCGCAGGGCCCAAAGGAAGAAAGGGUGAUGAGGGCUUCCCAGGAUUCCCAGGACCAAAGGGAGCGGCAGGUGAUGGCGGAACCAAUGGCGGACCAGGACCCAUAGGAAACCGUGGCCAGAGGGGUGUUUCAGGAGAAAUUGGUACUCCAGGUCAGAAGGGAGAGGUUGGAUACACCGGGCCUUAUGGCGAGAAAGGACCAAGAGGACCUGGCGUUGUGCAAUGUGACUUGGUAAAGAAAAUCAGAGACAACUGUCCUUGCUGCUAUGGUCAGCAGGAGUGCCCACUCUACCCUACCGAGCUGGCCUUCGCCCUGGACACCUCCGAUAGCGUGGGUAGGCCUGCCUUCAACAACAUGCGUGACGCCGUGCUCCGCCUGGUUAGCAACAUCACCAUCUCCGAGAGCAACUGCCCGCGCGGCGCCCGAGUGGCCCUCACCCUCUACAACAAUGAAGUGACCACCGAAAUCCGCUUUGCAGACGGGCUGAAGCGGCGCGCACUGGUGCAGCAUGUGGAGGGCCUCCAGGCAUUACAGACGCGCAAACAGCGUAGCCUGGAGACAGCCAUGAACUUCUUGGCGCAGAACACCUUCAAGAGGGUGCGCAGCGGCUUCCUCAUGAGGAAGGUGGCCAUCUUCUUUGUUAAUGGGCCAGUGAAGGAUCAGCGGGCGGUAAGCGCAGCCGCCCUACGCCUCUAUGACUCCGGCAUUGCCUCAGUGUUCCUGACCAACAAAGAGGAUGGCCAGCUCACCAGAGCUCUGAAGAUGAACAGCACUGGGUCCGCACUGGGUCAGGUGAUUGUGCUGCCCAAUCCCGGAAGUGCACAGUACAACUCAGCUAUCCAAAAGGUCAUGAACUGCCACAUCUGCCUGGACUCCUGCGCCCCGGACCAAAUGUGUGACUAUGCCCCCCCUCAGCAGUCACGAGACAGGAGGGCCUCCACCACCGAUGUGGACAUUGACAUGGCCUUUGUCAUGGACAGCUCCGAGACCACCGACCCCACCGUCUUCACUGAGAUGAAACGCUACGUUGCACACAUCGUAGAGCAGCUGGAAGUCUCGUCGGACCCCGUGGCAUCCAUCCACCACGCCCGCGUGGCCGUAAUCCAGCAUGCGCCCUACGAGUUCAUGCGCAACAGCAGCGGCUCACCCAUCCUUGUGGAUGUGGGCCUGACUGACCACCGCUCGGCCCAGGACAUCCGCAACUUCCUGCUUGAGAAGACGCCCCAACUGGAGGGUGGGCGGGCGCUGGCAGUGGCCAUCGAGCACACGGUGGAGCAGGUGUUUGAGAAAGCACCCCACCAGCGAGACCUCAAGGUUCUGAUGUUGUUUGUGACAGGCCCCGUGGAGCAGGAUGAGGAGCGGCUGGUUGCUGUGGCCACCGAGGCCAAGUGUAAGGGCUAUUUCUUGGUCAUCCUGGGUGUGGGCGAGAAGCUGGGUGCUGGGGACACCCGCGUGCUGACGCGCAUGGCCAGUGAGCCGUCCGACGUCUUCUUCAAGAGGCUGACCAGCACCACGCACUUCUACGACAAGAACAUUCAGAACUUUGGCCAACUGCUGCCCAAGUAUCUCAGCAUUGAGAACGCUUUCUACAUGUCCCCUGAAGUCUCCAAAAACUGUCACUGGUACCAGAGUGACCAGCCAUUCCCCAAGUUCCCCUUCCCCAAGUCACACCACAGCCAAGAGAAACAUCAAAAUCACGAAAACCACCAGGCAGUCCAUCCAAGAAAGCACAACGACCAAGACUCAGACGAGUUGCACGUAGCCAACGUCACUUCCAGCAGCCUGACCCUGCGCUGGGCCAGCCCGGACCCCAAGCACAUGGCCUACUUUAAGGUGGUGGUGACGCGCCUGCGUGACAACACACUGGUGUUGAGGAGAAAUGUGACGGGCACGGAGCUCACUGUUGGCGGCCUGGAGAGCGCCCAGACCUACCACGCCGUGGUGACCACACACACCGCCCAGGGCCACGUUGCGGCCACCCACAAAGGCAUUAUGACCACCAAAGCAGCAGCAGAGCAUAAGGUCACUGCCUCCAUGGAGGUGACAGGUAUCAUGGCCACUACACCACUGGACAAACCAGAGAUUGCAGAGCCUCAGCAACAAGUGGAGCAGCAGCCCAAGACUGAGAUCCUUCCAGCUAUUGCGGCCUUGACAGGAGUGGAAGUUUGUCAGCUCCCCAAAGAGGAAGGCACCUGCACAAAGUUUGUUCUCAAGUGGCACUACGACCCCCUUAGCAAGAACUGCACACGCUUCUGGUACGGAGGCUGUGGCGGCAACCAGAAUCGCUUCGAAACUCACGAGGAGUGUGAGAAGGCCUGUGGAAAAGCAGCUCUGCCUCGAGGGCAGAAGGCAUGGGAUUGGUUGGAUGAAAGCCGUGCAAACAGCGGGAGGCGUUCACAGCGACGAGUGAGAAUAAAAGGAAAGAGAAGAAAAGGCUCCCUAGGUGCACCUGUCAACCAAGGAGUCAUUGCCGCAAUAAAAACGUAGGAGGACAUUGAUUCACUGUCAACAUAUACGUCUACUGAGGAGAUUCUGAGGAAAAUCAACAAAAAUGGCCAAAGAGAAGCUGAACCAAAGGAGAGGUGGCUGCACUGGAUUCCACAGACAGGAUUUGAUCAAAAUAAGUAUUGAAGUAGUGUAUAUCACAAAAAGAAAGAAAGCAAAUCAAUGUGCUGCAUGAUAUUUCCUACUGGUGCUACAUAGUGUUUUUUUUUUUGUGUGUUUUUUUCUCUGGUUGAGUUGCGGACUCCAUCCAGUGUUUGUAAUGUAACAUUUCUGGAACAGUUACAGAAUAUGUUUUUCAUUGAAAAAGUUAAACUCAUCAUUUUAUUAAGUAAAUGUGUAUGAAUAUCUUGGGACAUAGAUUAUCAAUAAAUCAAGUCAGGUCCACAAUGACUUUUGAAAGAGCCACCAUAUGUUUAUAUUACUUCACUAUAUCCCCCAAUACAGACAUUCACUCACCAUGCUGAUGUUUACACAAGUCCAAGCUGGCAGUGUGUAUAUAAUGACAGUUAAAACCAAUUCCUCAGCAAGGAAAGGAAUUCAUCAUGCAAUGUAAAUUCACUUCUGGAACCACUGCCUCAAACACACAUGUUCCAGUUUUUGAAUAUGGAAUGUACUUAUCAAGCUGUUAGUGUUUUUUUUGUUUUGUUUUACUUAACUUUGUGUUUCAUCUGGGAACGGGGGAAAUAAACAUUUUAUUAGACUUUCUAAUAAACUU